AUGACUUUCUUCACUUCAAAUAUUCCGUUUGUCUACGACACUAAGACUCUGAUGACAGCUGCGACUCUUAUGAUUUCAGUUGGAGCAACUGUGCUUAUCUCCAACUUUACUGCAAUGUUUGUCAUAUACCGUAAUCCACUUCUUCACAAUACUUUCGGUCUUCUUUGUUUUUCUCAUGGUUUCAAAUGUUGGAAUGCUUUUUUGCUUUACUACUUGGCCAGUUGCCAUGAUAUUAAAUCAAGAUAACAAUUUGGCCCACAGUUUGACUGGAAAACGUUUCGGCCAAUUUACAAUUAUCUUCUGGUGGAGCUGCCUUCUUGCUCAUUUGGCAAUUUCUAUCAAUCGAUUCAUUUCAAUCGUUUACCCAAUUAAGUCGUAUAUAUUGUUCACUGUGUCCAAUUCCAAAAAAACAAUAUUUUGUAUUUGGUUGAUCGGCGUCUUGGUUACAAUUCCAUAUUUUUGGCAUGAAAAUUGCUACGUCGCAUUUAAUGCUCACACAUUUCUAUGGACAUACGCUGAAAAUUCAUGUGGACAGUUUUUAUCGUUAUUCGAUUUUAUCGGUGGUGUCAUCAUUUGCUCAAUUGCUUUCAUAAUCGAUACCUUAACAUUAUUUCGUCUUCGAGCAGCAAAUAAAGUAAUACUUCAAUCGAUAUCAACUGGUGUAUCAUCUCAUGGAAUGGAUGUUCAAGCGGCGGCAGAAGCUAGGAAACGAAGAAAAACUGAGAUCAGAUUCUUCAGCCAAGCAUUCACACAAUGUAUUGUGUUCUGUAUAUGCCUUCUCUCAUUCCAUAUUUUUACACUUUUAUCUGAUAGUAUUUGGUGGCAAUUUGCAAUGGUCACAAUGAUAUGGAUUCUGGCACAUUCUUUGGAUGGACUAAUUGUUGUAUUAUUCCAUUUCCGACUCUCUUUAUGCAAGAACACUGCUUUAACCUCUACAAUGAUGUUACAUUCUUCAUCUGCUCGCCCUGAGCAAACGAUCCAAGCUCAAUCACACCCGAAGCACUGA